UGGUCUGACUUCAGAACACUUUUACUCUGUCAGAAGUUAGAACAAUAUAACUCUAGCGAGGACCAAAGUCCAAUUUUAUCGAAGUUGCUACUAAUACUUGAAAUUUGAAUAUAGUCUUGUUAUUAGUUAUAUUUUCGAGUGGUUUAUAAGUUUAGAUAACUUGUUAAGAAAAUAAUUUGAUUCACAUCUAUUUAAAUUAUUUUUGAGAUUCUUAAAAAGGUACCAACCAUGGCAUCUCAAAUUGCAAAAAAAUUGUUUAAAACUUCUGUCGCAGGUUCAACUUUAAAAUUUGAUAUUGCUAGAAGAGCUCUGAGUGUAGGUGCUGUAUUACAACAGAAGAAGACACUCAAGGACAAAACAGGCAAGAAUGUUGUCCUUGUUGAUGGUGUUAGGACACCUUUUCUUUUAUCCUUCACGGAGUAUGCCAAGAUGAUGCCCCAUGAGCUAGCCAGGCAUUCCCUUCUGGGUCUCUUACAAAAGACUGGAAUAGACAAGAACGUAGUAGAUUAUAUUGUAUAUGGUACUGUAAUUCAAGAGGUGAAGACUUCAAACAUUGGAAGAGAGGCGGCCCUGGCUGCUGGUUUCAGCGACAAAACCCCAGCACACACUGUUACCAUGGCUUGUAUAUCCUCAAAUCAGGCAAUUACAACUGGUGUCGGUAUGAUAGCAGCAGGUGCAUAUGAUGUAAUUGUCUGCGGUGGGGUGGAGUUCAUGUCGGAUGUGCCAAUCCGCCACUCUCGCAAGAUGAGAGCCUUUCUACUAAAAUUGAACCGAGCUAAGACACCUGCACAGAGGUUGUCGUUGCUCGCUACUAUCAGACCUGACUUCUUUGCUCCUGAGCUGCCAGCAGUCGCAGAGUUCUCAUCUGGAGAGACCAUGGGGCACAGCGCCGACCGCCUGGCAGCCGCCUUCGGAGCCUCACGCCAGGAGCAGGACGAGUACGCCCUGCGCUCCCACACGCUCGCUGCGCAGGCGCAGGCUAGCGGCUACUUCACAGACCUCAUACCGGUCAAAGUGGAGGGUAAGGAUGGUGCAGUGGAGAAAGACAAUGGUAUUCGUGUAUCCAGCCCUGAACAGCUCUCCAAGCUGAAGCCGGCCUUCGUGAAGCCCCACGGCACCAUAACUGCGGCCAACUCAUCAUUCCUCACGGACGGCGCUUCCGCUUGCCUGAUAAUGUCGGAAGCAAAGGCGAAGGAGCUGGGACUCAAACCGAAGGCCUACGUGCGAGACUUCACAUAUGUUGCUCAGGAUCCCGUAGACCAGCUACUGCUGGGUCCAGCGUACGGCGUGCCCAAGAUUCUGGAGAAGGCGGGACUCAAACUGACCGACAUCGACACGUGGGAGGUGCACGAAGCCUUCGCGGGUCAAAUUCUGGCAAACCUGAAGGCGAUGGACUCCGACUGGUUCGCGCAGAACUAUCUCGGUAGACAAUCAAAGGUGGGUGUACCGGAUCUGAACAAGUGGAACAAAUGGGGAGGGUCUCUCUCUAUUGGACAUCCCUUCGCAGCCACCGGGGUCCGGCUGGCGAUGCACACGGCGCACCGGCUCGUGCGGGAGGACGGACAGUUGGGCGUGAUCUCAGCGUGUGCGGCCGGCGGACAGGGAGUGGCCAUGAUCCUGGAGCGACACCCCGACGCCGUGGCGCAAUAGUCGCUCUUUUGUCGCACCUUUAGAUCAUUGGGACGUAGUUCCUGUAAAACGUUCCAAGCCGCAAACAUCACAUUUUAAGGAAUUCGUGUUUAAAGUUUAAUAAAAAUUAUGUAUUCCAUACAUAUGGGUUGGGCUACUAAGUCAUGAUGUAAUUUAAAGACUGACAGUAGGGCUGCCAUUUUUUGUCAUGUGACCAGUUUUGGGUUCUUAACUCAGUUUCGACAUGAUUGUGGUUUGAAACGUUUUUCUGGAAUUACGACUAUUUAUACGUCCAUAUAGACUAUAUGACAGCUGUGAAAACGUCGAAAAAAAAUUCAGUUUAGAGAUAACGUCUAUAUUGAGCAAUGCACGCACACUAACACAAAGUGUCAUACAAAUCGCGAGUGUAAGACGUAGCUUGUCACGCACAUUUAAGUAUUAAACCCGGCCUGUUUUUAUCGGUUGUCUAACAGCAAGAGACUAUCUAGACGUAUAUAUUAUCUAAGGUCAUACCACGUAACGGUCACAAACCCGUCACACGCACUCACUGAUGUUUUUAUGGUUGUCUCAGCAAAAUUAGAAAUUAUCGACUUUCAUUCCAGCGCUUAAUUCAAACUAUUUUUUUUAUUUUGUAUUGUUGACCUGGCCUCGCAGUCAGCACCCGGCAAUAUUUGACCAGAUUAAAAUAAUAAUGUUUACAACUAUUUAUUGUACCAGAAGUUAGUCUUAAACUAUAAGUAGAGUUACAAAUCAAGCGCGUUAUUUUGGGCAAUCCACGUUAGUAUAUCAGUGUAUAUUUAAACAGGCUUAUUAUUAUAAACAUUUGAAUCGUUAAGUUAUAUUUAAUUCUAAUUGUGAAGAAACUGCAUGUAACUCAACUGUUAUCACUUUAAAUAUUAAUAUUUUUAUAUAUAUAGUUCUAAUUACAUAUAUACAAGGUAUAAGCAUAUUUUGAUUAAAGUCAGAAUUUAUAAUUGUUAAUAAAAUUGAUUACUUAAUUGAUUUUGCCUAAAUCAAUAUUUUUAAUGAUAAUUUUAUUAGAGCAAAAAAAUUUUAUUUAAAAGGUGUAAUACCUAAUAAAGUUAGAACGAAUUUGAAGAAAAUGGCACAUUUUAUGGGCAAUUUUCAAAUAUGUAUUUUCAAAAAUGGUUCGGUGUUUAAUAUAUUUUUUUAAAUUAUUUAGGGACGUAAACUAUCGAAAGAAAAAUAUGCAUAUUUCUUAUAAGUCUCAAAGCCGAUUGGCGCAUAAUUACUAUAAUUGCAAUGGUAAAGAUAAGCUGAUAUAAAAAUCUCGAAUCGAACUAUCAAAGUGGCUUAAGACCUUGUCCAGAAGUGUCGAAUUCGCCGCGAAAUAUUUCGCGAAGUAUUCGCUUGAACUGAAUUCAGAGACUAGGCGUGCUGUGGAGGAGAAUGGAGUGCUGAAGAAUUGUUUUUAGACGAAGUAGAAAAUAGAUCGCUGUUAUGGGCUUUGGAAUGACCUGAUUAUGUUCACAUCGUCCCGAAAUGCUCGCUUGUAUGUCACGCCCAUUCUGGUCGCAACAGAUAUACGCGGCAGAUAAUAGCGGCCCUUUCUGGACAAGGUCUUUGAUGGUGAUUUAAACCAAUAUUUAUUAAAUGAGGGUACUUUAGACAAACACUAGUUUUUUUUAAUAAAUUUUAUUGAAUUUUUUAUAAUUCUGCGCUUAUCCAUUAUUAUCCAAAUGUGACUUUACUCGAGUGUAAAUUCCGCUAAGGUUUGUCUCUAAUCAAUUCGACACGUGUUUCGCCUCUGCAUGAGGCAUCCUCAGGGGAUGUUGACUCGCCAUUUGACAAAGAUUGGGUUUUUUAACAUAAAAUAUUUAUUUCAUCAAUCAAAAAUAUUUCUAAAGUUUUUAAUUUCAAUAACUUCUGUACAGUGUGGUGUUUCACUUGAAUAAUAAUGUAUGUUUAUUGUGUAAUUGAUAAGGUAUUUUGAUGUUCCCUUUUUAUAUAUUUAAUAAAAAUAUUGUAUUUGUUGA